ACCUCCUGACAAACUCACACCGAGUUCACUCCGGAUUAAGUGAGUAAACUUUAUCAGGGAAUAACCAGUCCGUGUUUUAGAGAUUAUUUUAGCCACGAGAGGGUUCUGUUCUGCACGAGGAAGCCGCUCUUUGCAUCCACCUUGCACAAAGGAGGAUCUGUCUCGUGCUGCAGGUGGAUCACUGCGCUCAGGUAGGCUGUAACACGAAACUGAACCACGUGACCAACCAGGAGCCGAAGCAGCGAAGGGGGACAGAAACUGGUUUCCAUGAGAUGAUAGAGAGCGCCAAGGAUGUAGUUCUGCUCUUCAAGACAACUUGCUGAGAGUUUCACAAGCUUUUUUUUUUUCUCACUUACCUGUUUGAGUUUAGUGGAGUUUAGUUCUUUUAAUGCUGAGGCGGAAGGUUUUCUACCUGUUCGAUGUUUUCCGGUUCGCGUCGACUAUCAGGAUCAAGGGGCGACAAAUCCUCUCAGUGACCCAGUAGCAUGGACCCGAGCUGAUGCUGACAUGGCCCAGUCUGCCCUCAGCUGGCCCCGCGGGCCGCAGGUGGAGAGGUGGUCCGGUGUGCCGGCCAAACCGGGAGUUGUGGUCGGGAGUGUUUUAUUCCUGGUUCUGAGCAGUAAUCCUGUGUGGGGAAAUUACACUAUGAUAACAAAUAGGCAAGAUUCUAAUAACACUACGGGGCCGAACGUCGCAGCUAUCGUGGCCCCCACAGUCACCCUGGGCGUUCUGGCCAUAGCGCUGGCUGUCCUCGGCUGGCUGUUUUGUGUGGUGAAAAAGAAACGUCAGACCGAAGGGACCUACAGACCCAGCGCCGAGGAGCAGUCCGGCACUCGCAGCGUGGCCGCACCGGACGCUUUAAAGCUCCCGAAGGAGGAAAGGCUCAUCUGAGACCAAUUGUUGAACCCCAUAAGGACACGGGACAAAAACACGUAGCUCUCGAAGGAAAAGUGCUGAAUGUCCACGACAUUUGGAGGUACUUAGCAAGCACUGAGUUGUUUCUGCACGGUCCGCUGAUGAAGGCCUGGAUGGAUCUUCUAGUGGAAUCUGAGAACAUUUCGAACAUGCCUGAAUGUUAGCUGUGCACAGUGGAGCUGCAGUAUAACCACCAAGCAUUUUAGUUUAGYGAUGUUUCCUCCGUUAUAGUUUAUAUUGUACAGUUCCCCGUCUCACUGAACUUUUAUCUCACACUUCUUAGCAUUUCAGUCCAAAUUCUAUUCAAUGGACAAAAAGGGUUUUCUUUAUUUAUUUUACCUUGUUUAUAUAAACGCAUUUUAAGCAUGAAUCACCAAGGAACCCACCAUGUGAUUUAAAAUGUACUUUUAUGUUGAGACCACUCAAAUCAAUCAGAUGUUUACACUUUGAAGUAUUCUUGGAACAAUCCUGAUUUAAAGUCGCGUUGUUUAAGCAUUUCAUCACGCAGACUUCUUUAUAAUCAACCAGAAACGUUGUCACAUUGUGUAUAUUUAUGCUUUUAUCUAAUGAAUAGUAAAACAUUUCUGCAGCUGAGUCUCAUCAGUCCUCAGGUGACGGAUAAAGUUGUUGGACAAACUUGUUCUGUUUGUCUGAUCUAUAAUAGGUGCUGACACAGACCAGACCUGACAGAUAUUUAACUUAUUUUGUCCCAGACUGGAUUCGUGAGACAGACGGAUAAUUAAGUUUGACAAACGACAGGUACUGACAAGUGAUUCUAAUCCUGUUUGUCUUCUCGGCUGAAAUAAAAAAUGAACUGAA